CAUUAGUACUGUCUUAUAUAUCCUUUUUAUAAAAUUGGUAAUAUUGUUGUUACGGGUGAAGUUUUAAGAGCUUGUUGGGGGUUCUUAAAAAUUUCUUGCCAAACAGCCCCCCAGGUGUUUGAUAAAAAGCGUCAUCCAACAUUUUGUGGGUUUUUUUUCGGAACACUGCUGCUGUUGCACAAUGUCUGAUUAUUUGCCUCAAGAGUUGAUUGUUAAAAUCUUCACGAAUCUGCCGGUGAAGUCCCUCCUCCGAUUUAGGACUCUUUCAAAAGCAUGGUGCUCUCUAAUCUCCAGCCCAGAUUUUUUCCGCAAAUACAGUCUGGGAUUGGUGAAAACCACCCAAAAAGUCCUCAUAAUGAACAAUUUCAUGGGUAGAAAGGAUAUCUAUACUCUGCAUGAGGAAGACCGGUUGCCAUUCUCUUCUAGUGAAGAAGGAUACCAGGGGGUUACAGCAGUUGAGUUCCCCAGAUGUGAAGUCCAAAUCGCUGGUUCAUGUAAUGGAAUUCUGUUGUUAGUUGAUAUGACUUUCGGUAUGUGUCUGUGGAACUUUUCAAUACGGCGCCGACUAAUGAUCCCUAGGCAUCCUUUGGGGAGUAAAUCUUCUAAAAUGACAGUUGGGUUUGGUUUUGACCCAAUCUCUAAUGAUUACAAGAUUAUGCUUAUAGAUUAUGGGGCUACACUAAAAGCAUUUGUUUACACUCUUAAGACAGGUUCUUGGUCUUCGAUUGCUCCCCCUGCUAGUACUUUUUAUCAUCUCAGAUGUAACUCAUAUCUGAUCGAUACAACAUUGUAUUGGUUCGCUAGUGAAUCACAAAAGAGACCCCAUUCUGUUAUCAUGACAUUGGAUGUGAGCACCCAUGUUUUUGGCACAAUUCCUUUGCCAGAACCCAGCUGGGAAAUUAAACAACUAGGAGAGUUUAAUGGUUCUGUAGCUGUGAUGUGUGCCAAGGGUAAUAAUCCUUGGAUCUGGGUGAAGAAGAAAGAGUCUAAUAAUGUUUCUGCUUGGUCUGUUUUUCAUAAACUGGAAUCCCCUCCAUUUCUAGUUGGCCCACUGUUGCAACCAACGUAUAAUGGUGACUUGCUUAUCGAGACAUUUCCUGAUUUAAAUGAUAUGGAAUCAAGGAUUUAUAAUACUCGUACGGGCAUGCUUUCAACACCACUUGUGAGAUUCACACCUUUAGGUAAUAUUCGGAUGACAACAUAUGUGGAAAGCCUUGAGUUGCUUGACAGUGGAACUCCUUGUGGUGAAGGAAUCAAGUGGACCAAGUAGAAAGAUCGCAAAUGUAGGUAGCAAGGUAAAGUAGCCGGUUUUAUAUGUUAUGCAAAUUUAGUAUCAACAUGUUGGUCUUAGUAGGUUAACUUCAAUGGAUAGUUGUGGACUAGUGGGUAUCACAAUUUGCUACAUGAGAUGCAAGGUUGCUUCAGAAAUAUCUUUUUCUGGAGGCAAUUCAUGGCAUUUUCAUUUGAUAUUAGGUAUGUGUAUUUGACUAUUUCGAUAUGUUUUAGAACUUAACUGAAUGAUUAUGGUGUUUUAAUAUCAUGUUUGCUUAUUCACA